AUGGAAGGCCCGCAACUAUCGCAACAGCAUUCACCCAAGGCAUUAUCCCUUCACUUGUAUCCGUCGUAUUUCACUUUACUAGAUAGUGAAAAUACAUAUCAAUACAAUGGUCCUCUUAGGGCAAUCAUAGACUCCAUCAAUCGAUUGGAAAUCCCAUCAGCAGCUGUCCACUUGCUUCCGCCAAAUACAUAUGAUCGAGGCAGAGUGCUAGUGGAUCUCUAUGAUCAUAGACGAACUGCUCCAUCUCGAUCCACCUCUCACCAAGCAUCUACAUCCCAUGCAGCUCAAUCUACAAACAACACUUUAAAUAACAGUAUUUCCAGCAGUGCUCAGUCCGGCUCUAGAGGUGAUAUUCAACCUCAACGCGUUGUGCUCAAACCCACUGCUACGAGUUUGUUGAAUGACGUAUCGCAGUUUGGCUAUGAGCAGUCACUUGCAGAAAAUACUGUGUGGACAGAAGAAGCCUGUGUAGAGUUUUUGGCUCAAACUUUACCAAUUGUAGAAGAGCCGUUGUAUUUAGAGCCAACAAUCGAUGUGCUUUGUAAAAUCAAUGCACAGGCAUACAAUGCUAAUAGGAUAGCUCAGAAACAGCCACGUAUUCGUGAAUGGGAAGAAGAAGAAGACGUCAGCACCAAGAAACUCGAAAACGAUCGCAUGAUGCUCAUGAUGAGCAAGGAUCGCGAGUUUUUUCCACAGUACAAGCAAAUGUCGUUUAUUGACGAAUGGCGACGUAAAAAGCAUAUGGCUGACAGCGAAGUUUUAAUUGAACUGAGCGAUAGACCUUUGAAUCAUUCAGCCGGAAAUAACCGCAAUCAGCUGUUGCACAAUACCAAUCGUAGAAUCAUUCGGACAUUAAAGUUUGAAAAGCAUAUAGGAGAUAAAAUAAUUCACACAAUCUUGAAUGUGUACGAUAUGGGAUCAGAACAAUACGAAGGCGUACUAAGAUGGGGCGAAAUUGAAGGAACCAGUCUUGGAAAAAUGGCCGAAACCAUUCGAUUCAACAUUGGCAACAAGGUCGCUGUAGAGUAUUAUGUUGGCCAUUUCAGAGGAUUUUAUGGAGCCAAUCACCAACUUAUCAGCGAUGUGGCUGCAGAAGCAACAGUGCCGGCUGGGAGUAUAGAUCAGCAGCAGCGAAUACAGCAACAGCUGAUGAUGAAGCAUCAGCAACAUAUGUUGGCCAAUUCUUCUGCAAAGACUCUGCAUAUCCCGAAUGGAAUGUCCCCACCAACAGCUAAUCAUAUGACGCCAAAAUAA